GUGUCGACCUCGAAAAUCGAAAUCGAAAAUGAACGUCUCACAAUGAACUUGUCUCGGAAUGAACAGACAGUGUUUUUCCUUAAAUGAAUGUUUCAAAAUGCUCGUGUAUUUAAAUCGAUUUUUAAAAUUGAAAGUUUAGGAUAUUCACAGUAGGCAGCAAUGUUCUCAAGGACUUUGAUAUUUCGGACAUAACUGUAACAAUGAACCAUUGCUCGUAUAGAUAAUUUUAACUGUGGCAAAUGUGUUAUAUAUGUAUAUAUAUAUAUGUAUAUAUAUAGAGCAGCAAGGGGAAACUACACAACACAAACCUGGCAAUAUUUUAGUCUUUAAGUGCAACUAGUGCUACAAUUUUGGAACAAACACAAGAAACACUGCAACAAGAAGCCACAACCGACAACCCCCCACCCCAUCCGCAACGGAACGGGGCAGAAAGUGCGUAGAAUAUCUAAUCAAGAGCCAUGGACUCGGAUAACGACAACGAUUUUUGUGACAAUGUCGACUCGGGCAAUGUCUCGUCGGGCGACGAUGGCGAUGAUGAUUUUGGCAUGGAGGUGGAUAUGCCCAGCUCCGCGGAGCGCCAGAUGGAUCCCGAUGACUACCAGUACAAGGUGCUAAGCACAGACGAGAUUGUGCAACAUCAGAGGGAGAUAAUCGAUGAUGUUAAUCUGCUGCUUAAGCUCCCUACCACAAAGACACGAAUUCUUCUGAGUCACUUCAAGUGGGACAGGGAGAAGCUAUUGGAGAAAUAUUUCGAUGAUAACACCGAGGACUUCUACAAAUGCGCACAUGUCAUAAAUCCCAACAACGUCACCGAAGCAGUCCGUCAAAGAACCACACGCAGCCAGUGCGAAGAGUGCGAAAUAUGCUUCUCUCUGCUGCCGCCAGACUCCAUGACCGGAUUGGAGUGCGGACAUCGAUUCUGCAUGAUUUGCUGGCGCGAGUAUCUAACAACGAAGAUCAUGACGGAGGGUCUGGGCCAGACCAUAUCGUGCGCGGCGCACGGCUGUGAUAUCCUAGUGGACGAUGUGACCGUUACCAAACUGGUGAUCGAUGCACGGGUGAAAGUCAAAUACCAGCAGCUGAUCACCAACAGCUUCGUGGAGUGCAACCAGCUGCUGCGAUGGUGUCCGUCCGUCGACUGCACGUACGCGGUGAAGGUGCCGUAUGCGGAGCCGCGUCGCGUCCAUUGCAAGUGUGGCCAUGUGUUCUGCUUCGCCUGCGGCGAGAACUGGCACGAUCCGGUCAAGUGCCGCUGGCUAAAGAAGUGGAUCAAGAAGUGCGACGACGACUCGGAGACGUCCAACUGGAUUGCGGCCAAUACCAAAGAGUGUCCCAAGUGCAGUGUGACCAUCGAGAAGGAUGGCGGCUGCAAUCACAUGGUGUGCAAGAAUCAGAAUUGCAAAUACGAGUUCUGCUGGGUGUGUCUCGGUUCCUGGGAACCGCACGGCUCCUCCUGGUACAAUUGCAAUCGCUAUGACGAGGACGAGGCCAAAACGGCACGCGAUGCCCAGGAGAAGCUGCGCUCAUCGCUGGCCAGGUAUCUACAUUACUAUAAUCGCUACAUGAACCACAUGCAGUCAAUGAAAUUCGAGAACAAAUUGUAUGCGUCCGUGAAGCAGAAGAUGGAGGAAAUGCAGCAGCACAACAUGUCCUGGAUAGAGGUUCAAUUUCUGAAAAAGGCUGUCGACAUACUUUGCCAGUGUCGCCAGACUCUCAUGUACACGUACGUGUUCGCGUAUUACUUGAAAAAGAACAAUCAAUCCAUGAUAUUCGCUGAUAAUCAAAAGGAUCUGGAGUCGGCAACAGAGACGUUGUCCGAGUACUUGGAACGUGAUAUUACAUCUGAAAAUUUGGCUGAUAUUAAGCAGAAAGUGCAAGAUAAAUACAGGUAUUGUGAAAAGCGCUGCACUGUACUGCUCAAUCACGUGCACGAGGGCUAUGAUACGGAGUGGUGGGAUUAUACAGAAUGACGAGAGUCAUGGAUAGAUAAUGAUAACUAAGCUAAGCCAGCGAUGUAUCGGAAACGAGUGUAAAGCAAGCUGAAAACCUUUCCCCACAUACCCAUGCCCAUCAUAGCCCAUGCUCAUAGCCGUACCCGUAACCGUACCCAUACCCGUACCCCAUCGGGUAAUCCGAACAGAAUCCAAUCUAAAUUUAAAGUUACCCCUCUUAGUCUACCCGCCCCCUCCACUCUUAAAUAGUACGAAGAUUGACAAAGUGUAAAGUGAAGCCAGAGAAAGGCAUGCCCCAGCGAAGGCACAGUAACAGUAACGGAACCGGAAACGGAAAUGGAAACCAAGUCGCAAUUGAGGAAAUCAUUUCAGAAUAAUUGUUAAAACAGAAAGAAAUCUAUAUUAAAUAUAUUAAUAUACAAGAAAACAUGCAGGAAGACGUAACUACGGCAUGCCGUAAUUAGUUAUACCCUUGCAGCAAUUAGCUAUCAGCGGAAUUAUUUGUGUAAUUACAGCGGCCAGAUAUUCACUAUAUCCGUGGUCUGCCAUAGAAACAGACGGGAGUGGAAGGAACAAGCCUGUAUCGUCUCGGCUGUGGACGAUCUGGCUCCGACCCCCUGCAAGGGUGUAAAUCUAAAUGGGUGUAUAUAUAUUGGAUAUAUGUACAAAAUAGUUUACUGCGUCUCGCAGGACAUGCAUCAAAUCAGAGCAGAACAGAAUACAGAAUACAGACCACCACCACACAUAGAUAACAACAACACAAGACACAGAUCAAUGAAAGUCAGACCAGACAGGCACACAGAUCAAGAUCAAUCAAGUUAAUAUAGCUCAAAAUCAAUGUCACAAAAGGAUCGAUCGUCAUCAACAGCAUACAACAGCAUAUAAUACUUAUAGUAAGCGAAUAAUCAACAGUUAAUGAAACUUAUUUGAUGUUAACCAAUUGCAAAACAAGAUCUUCAUGUUAUCCAAGCAACAAGAAACCAAAAUCGAAACGAAAACCGAAUGCAAAUGCAAAUGUAACAAAAACAAAAAGUUAAACUAGUAAAUUUCCAUUUCAAUGUCCACAAAAUGAGAUACAAACAAUAGAACCUAAAGAAUACGAAACGAUGCAAGUGUAAGCGGAAAUACUUAUGUAGUUGCCCCGAACCCCGAACCCCCCCAAUCCCCAAUCCCCAAAUUUUUUGUUAUUUUAGCAUCCUAGUACCCCUUUGAGGCAACCUUUCCACCAACCAUCCAUCUAACCAUCUACCAUCGUGCCCUCCCCACACACAAUGCAUGCGGUUCAUACUCGCACAAAAUUGUGUCUUAGUUUGAUUAGUUCUUUCUUGUCCCUCUUUAAAUUUAGUUUGUUUUCCCCAUUAUAAAUAAACAAUUGUGCUUAGCAUAUGGAAUGGAAA